UGAAGCUUUUUGUCAAGAUUUCAAGUACAAAUACCAUUGGAACAUUACUAUUAAUAGUGUUUUACGUUGUAAUGGGUCCAAGAUGAAACUAAGUGACCCUGAAACUGGAUACGAACCUGAAUGCUAACAAGGACAAAAGUUAUAACUCUAAUGAUAUAAUUAUAAUACCUCAUCUAUUGUCGGUCACCAGGAUGCUAAUAGUUAUCUCUGCGUCAUCAGAGAUGGAACGUCGUAUUAUUUGUCCAAGAUCAGAGUUGACCUCACUUUCUUUCCUAGUCGAGCACUAAUUUUGCUUCAAGGUCUGAAAAUGCAAAUUGUUUCACUGUCCUUUGUGUUACCACAGUGAUUUUUUAAAGACCCCAACUUUAAUUAGCCGUACAUGUUACGUAUUUCUUUUGUUAUGCAAUUUUGAUACGUGACAGUUUCAGGGGGAAACUGUAGAUUAAUCACGACGCGGUGACAUCGGAAGAGGCGGUGUAGAGGGAGUGUGUAGAGUCAUGCGGGUAGCUUAUUUGAACUCGAGGCAGGGUUAGCAUAUUAAGUGAAACCGUGACCAAACAAAGCACACUCGCCUUAGUUAGUAUACUGAGAGACGGAAAGAUGGAGACGCUCGUCAAAAUCGGUUUCUACUUUACCUGUUUCGCUCUGAGCUAUGGAUUUAAUUUGACUAUUUUACACACCAACGAUGUUCAUGCACGGUUUGAACAAUUUGACAAGUAUGGAGGCAGGUGCUCGAUAACAGAGGCAGAAGCGGGGGAAUGUUUCGGGGGAGUGGCACGAAGAUACACUAAAAUCGAGGAAAUUCGUAACGCUGAACAGAACGUGGUGUUAUUGGACGCUGGCGAUCAGUUCCAAGGCACAUUGUGGUUCACUAUCUACAAGGGGAUGGCGACUUCAUACUUCAUGAAUAAACUGAAGUACGAUGCUAUGGUAUUAGGCAAUCACGAGUUUGAUAAUAAGGUUAGCGGCCUUCUUCCUUUUCUUCAAAACGUCACAUUCCCUGUAAUAAGCGCCAAUAUCAACGCCAGUAAUGUUCCAGAAAUACAAGGACUGUUCAACAAGUCAACAGUAUUAGAUGUGGCCGGAGAGAAGAUAGGGGUUGUCGGUUGCACAUAUAGGGCCACACCGACCAUAUCAAGCCCAGGCAACUUGAUUUUCACCGACGAGGUUUCGGCCGUCCAAGCAGAGGUCGAAAGGUUAACGUCACAGGGUAUCAAUAAGAUCAUUGUAUUGGGACAUUCUGGGUUUUCUGUGGAUAAAAAGAUUGCUGAACAAGUGUCAGGAGUGGAUAUAAUCGUUGGCGGGCACACUAACACAUUUCUUUAUACCGGUACCCCACCAGAUAAAGAAAUCCCCGAAGGCGAGUAUCCAACCGUUAUAACCCAGGCGUCUGGUGGCAAAGUGUUAUUGGUUUCUGACUUUUGGAUGGCUAAAUAUUUGGGGCACUUACGUGUAACAUUCGAUGCAGCGGGAAUUGUGACAUCAUGGAGUGGUAACCCUAUUCUACUGGAUAAAAACAUUACGGAAGAUAAUGCUACACUAACAGAGAUGCAGCCGUGGCAACAACGAGUAACGGCUUAUGGUUCACAAAAGAUAGGCUACAGUCUGGUCUUCAUGGAUAAUGCGAAAUGCCGCCUGGCUGAAUGUGUUUUUGGUAAUCUGAUAGCAGACGCUUUAGUUGAUAUCUACUUGAAACCCACUGAUGGAACGAGAUGGACUAAUGCCUCCAUUGGCCUGUGGAACAGCGGCGGGAUACGAGCACCAAUCGAUAUUGGUGACAUUUACGUGUCAGACGUACUGAGUGCCGCACCGUUCGGGAAUGGUGUAGACAUCGUCAGGAUAAGUGGAAGUACGCUUUGGGAAGUCAUGGAACAUUCUGUUUCCGAAUACGAGAAGAGAAGCGGUCGUUUCUUACAGGUCUCAGGUCUUCGAGUUGUGUAUGACCUGUCUAAGCCAGUGGGCCGUCGAGUGGUCAGCAUUAACGUCAGGUGCGCUGACUGUACAGUCCCCGAGUUCCAGCCCCUUGUUAAGACAAAAUCAUACGAUGUUGUCACCAGCACUUUUUUAAUGGGGGGAGGAGAUGCAUAUGACGUUUUGAAAGAGAACAUUUUAUAUCCGUACGGAAUAGACAGUCUAGAUUCAGAUGUUAUAAUGGACUUUAUCAAAAAAUACGCUCCGAUAUAUCAAGGGUUAGAAGGCCGAAUCAGGAUGUCUUCAGAAGAACAGACGUGUACAACCAGUAAAGCAUUCACACUUGCACCAACCCUUAUGUUGAUAUUGUUUGCACUGACUUUAAGAAAAUGCUUUAAUGUCGUUUUACUUUAAAGGUGGGAUUUGUAUUAGAAACUUUUGGCGUUUUCGAGUGGAAUGCACAUAUACCGGUAGUGAUAGACAAAAACGUAAGCCGGAUUUGUAAAUAUCAAUGCUCUAGAUAGAAAUGUAUCGUGUAUAGAUGUUUAUAUAAAGAAAAAACUUUGUAGACGCACAAUUCAUAGUAUUGUCUCUAUGCAAAAAAUAUUCUAACCUUUGUGUAUUUGUCACUGACUUUAUCGAACCACAACCAAACAAACAUGUAUGCGCAAAAAAAAUAGAUAAAUAAAUCUUGUGUAGUGCUUCAAAUUUAGAGCAACUGUACCAUGGGUGGAUUCGGCCUUUAGACAAACAAAACGUUUAGUUUUAUUUGUCUAAGAACUGGGUGAGAAGUCCUUUGUGCUAUAUUGCCCCCCUCCACUUUCAGUGAUCCAUUUCAGAUAAUUUUUGAACGAACGGACUCUGACAAGCUCUUAAAUCUCGUCCCAGUCCGCCCCCUGCCUCAACGCUUGACAUUCAAUACCACGAUAACUUCAUCACAAAAUUUCACUCCCUUCAAGUGGCGUUCUGGGCAUGUGCCCUACACCUUCCAUGUCACCUCCUAGAUACACCAUUGCUCACAUCAAAGGUGUUUAAAGCUUUUUAUGCACGCCGGUGCCUCAAAAUCUGGCGUCGACUUUAUUUUGUAGUAGCGAAACGUUUGUGGCCAAGUCAUCAUAUAUGUAACCUCCGCUUUUUGUAUUGAAAUUCGGGUGUAACAGCAAAAUGAAGAGAAAAUACAACAUGGUUUACUUGCUUGAAUUAUUCAGGAGAAAGAGACACACACUCGAGCGCAAGGGUGAGGGACCCCAGCAAUAUUAUGAAAGCCAUACAAUGCGCAUUAGUCUCUUUUAGAAAACAAAUCCAUCAAUUAUUUUUAUAUAUCAUAAACAAGACUGGUCCCGGUUGCAUCAACAGAGCGUAAAUUUACUCGGCUACGA